AUGAGGGCUCUCUUUUGUCUGCUUGCCAUCGUUCUCGCCGCCGACGCCUACAUGCUCUUGCUUGAUGCAGAUGAGACACGAUGCUUCCACCAAUGGGGCGAGCCGCAGCAGCAAAUGAAGGUCAUGUGGGAAGUGGCAGAAGGCGGUUUCCGCGACAUCGAAUCUUCGAUCAAGGGCCCGGAGGGCCGCAAUAUCUACCAUAGCGAUUUGGACAAAGGCCUCCAGAUGACCUUCACCGUGAGGAAGCCCGGCCCUCAUGAGCUCUGCUUUAUCAAUGAAUUUUCGACGCAGACGCCGAAAUCCAUAAGAUUCAACUUCGACAUCCUUGCCGCGAAGCCAGUUCACAACGCCACUGAAGACGAUGCUCAUGUAAAGCUCAGCGACAUGAUCUGGCAAUUGUCGCAAACGGUGGUCGCCGUGAAGCACGAGCAGGAGUAUAUGGAGAUGCGUAGUCGCAUUCAUUACGACAUCAACGAGAACACAAACUCUCGUGUCGUCUACUGGGCGCUGUUCGAGACGGUAAUCCUGGUUUCGAUGACGCUCAGCCAGAUUUGGUACCUGAAGCGGUUCUUUGAAGUGCGCCGUAUGGUC